AUGCGAGGAGAAAAUUUCACUGCUUGGAGCCUUUUUUUCCUGGAGGGAUUUUCCCGGUACCCAAGGUUAGAGAUCGUUCUGUUUGUCUUCAGCCUUCUAAUGUAUUUGGUUACCAUCCUGGGUAACAGUACUCUGAUUUUAAUCACAGUCCUGGAUUCACACCUUCAAACCCCCAUGUACCUGUUUCUUGGGAACCUCUCCUUCAUGGAUAUCUGUUACACAUCGGCUUCCAUUCCUACUUUGCUUGUGAACUUGCUGUCAUCCAAGAAAACCAUUAUCUUUUCUGGGUGUGUGGUCCAGAUGUACCUCUCCCUUUCCAUGGGAUCCACAGAGUGUAUACUUCUGGCUGUGAUGGCCUAUGACCGUUACGUGGCCAUCUGCAACCCACUGAGGUACCCCAUCAUCAUGAACAGGCAAGUGUGUGUGCAGAUGGCCACCAUCUCCUGGGUGACAGGCUGUCUGACUGCCCUGCUGGAAACUAGCUUUGCCCUGCAGAUUCCCCUCUGCGGGAACGUCAUCGAUCACUUCACAUGUGAAAUUCUUGCGGUGCUAAAAUUAGCUUGCAUGAGUUCGCUGCUCAUGGACAUGGUGAUGCUGGUGGUCAGUAUUCUCCUCCUGCCCAUUCCAAUGCUCUUGAUUUGCAUUUCCUACGGCUUCAUCCUUUCAACAAUUCUGAGAAUCAGUUCGACAGAGGGAAGAAACAAAGCUUUCUCGACUUGUGGUGCGCACUUGACUGUUGUGAUCUUAUACUAUGGGGCCGCUCUCUCCAUGUACCUGAAGCCUUCUUCAUCAAACUCACAAGAAAUAGACAAAAUCAUCUCGUUGCUUUAUGGAGUGCUUACCCCUAUGUUGAACCCAAUAAUUUACAGCUUAAGGAACAAAGAAGUAAAAGAGGCUGUGAAAAAACUGCUGGGCAAAGUACCACUGGCACCAAGCGUGUGACUGUCUUUGAUUUGGUACCUGUGACUUUGCCAAGGAUGUGCCAUGGCACCAAGCGUGUGACUGUCUUUGAUUGGGUACCUGUGAUUUUGCCAAGGAAGUACCAUCGGCAGAACUCAGCAGAGAAAUUCUGAACACCAAUUUUACAGUCGUGAGGUCCUUGUACACCAAGUCAUUUGUUAUGGAUGCAGUAGGUUUCAGUGUUCACUGAUUAAUAUUUCUUGGCGUUGGUGUGUCAUAGCAGGGAGGACAUCAAUUCAGCCACUGAGUGUUUGCUCCAAAAAUGUGGUCAGUGAAUCUUAGUACCAGAAGAAGUAUCUUCUUUGCUUCAAUCCCUUGUAGGAUGGGGUAGGAGCCUGAAGAUACAAACCAAACAACUAAAGGAAUGAAAAAGAUAUUGGCAUUGAUUAUAGAAGCAAGUAAAUAAAAUCAAAGAAAAUUGAAAGGACUUGGUCAACACUGUAUGGUGCAGACUUUGAUGACAGCAUCUUUUGACUUUUUUGUCAGAGCUUAUUCUAUUCCAUGGUGGUAGCUUCUUAAAUGCUUAUUAAA